GUAAAAUAAAUAAGAUUAAAAGAAGAAUGUCUCUACCAAUGUGCCGUUAUUGCGGAAGUUCGUCUGCGAUCAACUACUGCUGGGUUGCGCGACAACCCAGGAUCUGUUACGGACGCAGUAAUGAUUAUGCGUAUCAGACUCGUGGUCACCUCCAGAGUCCUAUCUGUCAAUUCUGUGGACAGAACCCUGCGUUAAUUGCAUGCUAUCAAGAGAAUCUCAAGCUCUGCUACCAGUGUUUUGUGAAUCACCAGAUAUGUGUUCCUGCUCUUCACACACUGCACGUUAUCCCUUUUUCCUCUCACAUGGUAUGCGCUCAACCUAUAGGAGCCCUUGGUAAUAGAGCAGGACGUGGUGCAGGAGAACGCGGACAAGGAGGGGGAAGGGGACAUGACAGCGAUGGAGGAAAUAAAAGACCACGGACUGUCAUCGGCCCAGAGAUGCCGCUGCUGCAACUUCUUGACAAGCCUGGACCUAGUCAGCCUCAUAGUCAUCGUCAAGCAGGAAUCAUGAACUUGGAUCUUAUGUUUCACCAAACUACUCUCGCUGCACUUGAGGAGCAGAUUAUAAGAUCAUAUGGUGGAACCCGAUUGUCCAGGGGACUAGGCAUUGGAACUCGGCUUCCUCUGCUUAUUAAACUUCAGCAUACUUCUAGCAGUGGAUCCAAUUCGAUUGAGAAUUGUAUCACCGAUGUCAUCGCUGGAUCCACUAGCGUUUCAGGAUCUACUGGAGGAGCAUUGUUGGCACUCAUGAAGGCUGCAAAAGAAUCACUUCGAAAGAUCCUAGUCCUAGGAGAUUUCUCCGAGUACCCUCUUGAUGGAAACAUGCACUGCACCGAUCGAUUUGCUGUUAUGUUUAGCGGCUAUUUGGAUGAUGUGGAAGCGCAGCAUGAGAACGUGGCUGAGUUCUUGACAAAGGAGUUAAAGUAUCUAGAUGCCUUUGGGGAUGUCGACAUGCCCGAGGAUGUUAUGUCCAGAUCAGUAUUCACGGCAAUCCUCUCGCAGCUUCUGGAUGAAAUUCACCCGAAGCCUGCUGAUUUCGUCAGUGGUGUAUGGGACUACGUUGAAGCUGUUCUCUCAUUGGUCAUCACCAAAUAUUCAGACAAUUUUCCACAGAUUCAGUCUUCCCUCAAACGAGCUGGUCAAAGUCUUAUCAGCAGGAUGAAGGAACAAUCAGUGAACCGGGUUGCUGAAAUCCUUGAGACAGAGAAGCUGACUGAUUACACAUGUAAUCGGACCUACAUGACUUCGUGGACUCAGAAGAUGAAUGGACAACAAAGCUUCAUCAAUGCUGUUCUGCACGAUGGUAGCAAACCUGCGUACUUCUCUUUAACAGGAUUCGGUGACGUUCAGAUUUCGCAUCUACGCAAGUAUCACGCUCAUGUACUGCAAAAGGCGUUUGGAAUGAAGAUGAGGAUUGCAGCCUACUGGCCUCUCGUCUCACAGAGAAUUGUUGACAGCAUUUCAUCGCAUCUUCAGCUCUCUGUGAAUGAUCUGGUCAACAGUCGCUUCGAGACAGAGAUCUUGGCUGAAAUGGUGGAUUUUUGGGGUGGUGGAAGAGUUGAGAGGAUGCUGCGAGGUGGUAAGCAAGAGAAGGAGAUAAUGGAGAGCAGUAUCGGCCUCUUGAAGGACACUGUUGACGUCGUUUAGCUAUUCCUCUUGUUUUAGACUAAAUUGGCUUUGGCUUUCGCAAGUUUGUGUUCUGAGUCGGUUUGAUUACUUUUCUGAUGUCUUUUUUUCCUUCUUUUUGGCAAGUGAUUGUUAUCCAUCUUUGUAUGCACAUAUCAAUGAUUCAAACUUGACGAUUGUAUAGUUUCCAUACAAUAUUUGAAGUACUUGUUAUUGUAGAAA